AUGUAUUUUGAUAAGGAUAACUCCGCAAGCCCAAGGCCGUUACUGCCAACAGAUGAAGAAAAGCUUAACGUCACUCUAUUUACAAAAAAGGAGAAACCAUUGCAGUUGGACCCGCAUUAUGACACGAAAGUUACUCCACAAAGAAGUACUUCAAAUAGAAAUGUUGGUGAUUUACUCAUGGAAAAACAGAGGAGCGUCAAACCCAUGAUUCAGAAGGCUUUGACCAACACGGACAACUUUAUUGAAAUGUACCACGGCAAGCAGAGAAAACGUCUCAAUGAGGGUACUAUAAAAGAAGUUAUGAUUGAUGACAAAAACGAUACAACUGCAGCUAGUGUCAAUUGUCAUGACAAUGGCUAUAAUUACGAUAAUAACGAUAUUAAUGACCGGAGAACUAUAGAUGAUAUAGCAGGAAGUCCUAGCAUAGGAAAAAAUGAAAACCAAACAAAGACUGGAAACGACAUUACAUCUCAACAACCGACUCCAUCGAAAGAGACGCCAAAAGUCCAGAAGCAUAUAAUUAAGAAAGGUAUCAAGGACUUCAAAUUUGGUACUGUAAUAGGUGAUGGUGCAUAUUCUACCGUAAUACUAGCGACAUCAAUUGAUACCAAAAAAAAAUAUGCUGCGAAGGUGCUAAACAAGGAAUAUCUGAUACGCCAAAAAAAAGUGAAAUAUGUUAGCAUAGAGAAAACCGCCUUACAAAAAUUGAAUAAUUCCCACAGUGUUGUACGACUGUUCUCUACUUUUCAAGAUGAAUCAAGCUUAUAUUUCCUCCUAGAAUAUGCCCCCAAUGGGGACUUUCUCUCUUUGAUGAAAAAAAAUGGCUCAUUAGACGAAAACUGUGCCUGUUACUACGGUGCGCAAAUAAUAGAUGCGAUCGAUUACUUGCAUAGUAACGGUAUCAUUCAUAGAGAUAUCAAACCAGAAAAUAUUCUACUAGAUGAAGAAAUGAGAAUCAAGUUGACUGAUUUCGGUACUGCAAAAUUACUAGACUCCACAGUUAGCAGUACUUCCAAACAAAAAUAUGAUUUGUCAACAAGAUCAAAGUCCUUUGUUGGAACCGCGGAAUACGUGUCUCCCGAAUUAUUGAAUGAUAGUUUCACUGAUUAUCGUUGCGAUAUUUGGGCCUUCGGAUGUAUACUUUUCCAGAUGAUUGCUGGUAAACCGCCGUUUAAAGCUACCAACGAAUAUCUGACGUUCCAAAAGGUGAUGAAGGUCCAGUAUGCCUUUACACCGGGCUUCCCGCUGAUCAUUAGGGAUCUAGUAAAGAAGAUCUUAAUAAAAAACCUAGAUCAGAGAUUAACAAUAAGCCAGAUCAAAGAACACUAUUUUUUCAAAGAGGUGAAUUUUAAAGAUGGUACCCUUUGGUCGAAGAUCCCUCCGGAAAUCAAGCCGUACAAAAUCAACGCAAAAUCCAUGCAGGCAAUACCAGCUGCAAGCGAUAAGAAGCAGGCAAAAAAACCGGUUAACACACUCGUCAAAACACACCAGACAGCUCCAAGAUCGGUUUCAAGUCCUUCACUAGAAGGAUCUGCGUAUUCAACUCUAUAUAAUGACAACAACGUCUAUGGCUCAAGCGAAAGUGAGAUUUCAAUGAAGAAGAGACCCACUGAUGAAAGAACGGCACAAAUCCUUGAAAACGCAAGAAAGGGUAUAAGUAAUAGGAAAAACCAACCAAGUAGGAGAACUUCAAGUAGUGCUGCUUCGGCUGCCUCGGCGGCCUCGGCUGCUCUGACCAAAAAAGCAAUAGAAAGUUUCCCAACUUCUAGCUCAAAGGGUAGCAGAUCAAGCUCUCCUGCUACAACGCCAAGGCCAGGAUAUUUUAGACGUCCUCUGUCUGCAGAUAGUAGACCGUCCGUCAGAUCUGUGACAUCUUCCGCAUCUGUUUUAUCAUCAAAGAUUCCAAUGUCUCCUUAUACUUCUCCAAUCUCAACCCCCGCGACACCAUAUAAUUCAUACCAAGUGACUCCACCUUCUACAGCAAGACAGCAAGAUUAUUUUAAUAGUGAAACGGCAGCACCUGAGCCUUCUGAUGGGCAAGAUGCAAAAAAAAUUUCUGAAUUACCUUUAAUGAAUAAACGCGAUAUACAUUGGUCUUUUUACCUGAAAAAUAUCAAUGAACAUGUACUCAGGGCUGAAAAAUUAGAUUUUUUGGUCACGAAUUCUUAUACUUUAGAGAAAAAAAUCCUUAAAUUAAAUGGCUCAUUGCUGGAUCCUCAAUCGAUGAGUAAGCCAAGACAGACAUUUUUAUCUCAAGUUGCCAGGAGUGGCGGAGAUGUUACGGGUUUCCGGAGUGAUCCAGCUAUGAUUUCUUGUUCCCAAACUGAAACUGCUUUUUAUUUGCAAAACAUUAUCGAUUUGCAACUUUUGGAGGAUGAUUACCGAAUUGAAGGUGGUGAAUUAUCGAAGUUGCUUACCAACGUGAGUAGAGAAGAAAAUGAACAUAGUAAAAACAACUUGCCUGAAGACGAUGAUAAAUCGGAGUUGGACGGCAAGGGAAGCUCUGUUUUUUCUGGCAAGUUCAAAAAGUUGUUCCACCCUACUAUAGCGACUGAGUCACUCUCUGCAUCCGAUGACAAAAGCAAGUACUACAAACGAACUAUUGUAAUGACAUCUUUUGGGCGUUGUCUAGUAUUUGCCAAGAGAAGACAACCAAAUCCACUUACAAACUUGAAGUACGAAUUAGAAUAUGACAUUAAUUUGCGUCAGCAUGGAACUCGAAUCAAAGAAUUGGUCAUUCCCUUAGAAAUGGGAACUAAUCAUAUGAUCGCAAUUCAAACGCCAUACAAAUCAUUUCUCCUGAAGACUGACAAAAGGAGCACAAGCAAACUGUUCACGGUUUUAAAAAAAAUACUCAAUUCAAACACAAAUAAGAUCGAGAAACAGUUAUUACAGAGGAGUCAAAAAAUAACGGAAAGAAGAACAUCAUCAUCUGGAAGAGGAGUGCAUAUAGAUCCAACACCUUCAAAGUGUCCUUCGCCAAAACCCAGGCCACAUAGCCAAUCUCCAUCCAUAUCAAAGCACAAUUCGUUUUCGGAAUCAAUUAAUAGUGCGAAGACAAACAGGUCCAGCAGAAUUUUUGAUACGUUUAUCAGCGCUAAAGAACAAAAUUCAAAAAAACAUGCUGUCCCAAUCGCGUUAACCAGUAAAUUAGUUAAUGGAUUACCAAAAAGACAAGCUGCUGCGGGAUUAGGCCUAAACACAGGUACAAAUUCCAAUAACUCAUCAUCAAAAUCGAAGGGAUCGUAA